GGAGAGGAGAACAUUGCAGGGAAGCAACAAGAGAAAGGGGAAAUCAAUGUAGGGUUGUAAGCCUACGCGAUUUCUUGGCUGGUAGCUAUGGUAGUCUCGUGUUGCACUAAACCACGGUGUCUUGCAUUAAACCACAAUUAGGAGAUUCCAAUACCAGGUCAUAACGUGUAAUUUGCAAACUACAUUAGGGGUUAAUGCAACGCACCAAGCCAAACAAAACAAAUUUAAUAGCGACUACUGAAGAUAUCUUGACUCCGUUUAACCACCUCUGCUCUUCUGUAUUUCAGGAUUUAUCCGUCCAUUACUCUUACUCUUUCCAGAACGCACCAGGCAAAAGUGGGGAUUCUAAACCAGCACCUGUUGUGGAAUGGAUGGCAGAAAGGAGGCUGGAAUGUAGCUCUGCAGCUCAAGGUUUAGCUAUACUUAUCCCUGUUUGGCAGAGUUUAGGAUCCUCUGAAGGAUCAGGCAAAGAGAUGGCUUUGGUUCCUUAUGACAGCACAGCUCUUUGGGGUAUGCAGAAGUUACAUAAAUCUUCCUCUACGUUCUGUUUUGCCAACCAUACAAUUCACAUUAAGCAGAAUUGGACGCAGUUGGGAAUAGCUGCUGUGGUGUGGGAUGCGGCAGUGGUCUUGUGCACUUUCCUGGAGACAGGAGGCAUUGAUCUGCAGGGACGCAGGGUGAUUGAGUUGGGAGCUGGGACAGGCCUCCUUGGAAUUGUAGCUGUGUUACUUGGUGCUCAAGUUACAAUCACAGACCGAAAGCCAACAUUGCCCUUACUUGAAGCAAAUGUGCAAACUAAUUUACCUGUCAACCUUCAGUCAAGAGCAGUAAUAAAGGAACUUACCUGGGGACAAGAUUUGGCAGACUUUUCUCCAGGAGAAUAUGAUAUUAUCUUGGGUGCAGACAUAGUUUACCUAGAAGAAACAUUUGCAGACCUUCUUCAGACACUGAAUUAUCUCUGCUCUUUUGAGACUAUAAUCCUGUUAUCAUGCCGCCUCCGCUAUGAGCGGGACCAGAAUUUCCUGAAGAUGCUUAGAGAACAGUUUACAGUGCAUGAAGUGCUCUAUGACCCUGGUAAUGAUGUGCAUAUAUUUAGAGCACAGAGGCAUGUCCUGAAGGGAGAUUUGUGAUUGGUCUGAUCAUGAAUUCUUGCCAGCUCAUGUCUUCUCUUUCCUUCUCAUUGCCCCAAUACUUGGAUCAAAACCUUCCAUACAACAUCUCAUGAGAAUAAAGUGAAACUAAUCUAUUUUUUGUUAUUUGGAGUUAAUUAGGCUGAGUUUCCUAUAAAUACUGUCUUCUUGAUUUACUCAUUGUUAAAAUAAAGAAUUAAUCAGGUGAGCCAUC